AUGGCAAAUCUAAGGGCUGAAGUUGAAAGAUUGAAUGCUGAAAAUGCCAAAUUCAAAAGUGGAGAGCUAGUUGCUCUGCCUCUACAUGAACAGGUUGCUGAUGCUUUUGUUACUUCUCUCCAGAAGAAAAUGGACGAACAUGUCAAGGGUAUCUACUCUCGGAUAGACAAGAACCAUGAGAUUUGUAUGACAAAGCUUGAUAGCUUGGAGCAAACUUUGGCCCAAGUUGUUGAACAUUUGAAGAUUUCUAAGUCUACAACUCAGUCGACUCCAGAGGAUCCCUCAACUAAGGGGGAGAAGGAUGAGGAAGACAAAGAUGAAAAUUCAUCUGUAGUAGAUGAAGAGAUCAGGUGUGAUGAACCAGUUACUGCUGAAGCUGGAGCAACUCAGUCUGAUUGUCAAACUCCACUAUCUGAUCAUGGUCAAAUUCCUCAAUCUCCAAUGAAAAUUCCAGAGGAUGCCAUUGUUCAUGAUACAGCUCCAGAGAACUACAGGUCUGAUGUAGUUGAUGAAACUGACAAAGUAGCUGUGGAAGCGUUACAAACUCUUGCUCAGACUGGUGAAGAGCCCAUCAAGUCACAGUCUGAAGAUAAAGGAAAAUCUGCUCAGGAUAAUGUGGAGAAAGUUGCAGAUCCUGUUCCUGCAGAUGAAAAAGCAAACUCUGAUCCUGAGGAUGAUACCAGUUCAGAUACUGACAAGGAUGACAAUGCUGAAAUCCCUUUGACACAACAGAAAUGGGAGUCUACUAGCCAGUUCAAUGACCUAACAAAUGAUAACAGCAAUGCUGAUGCUGAUGGUAGUGAUAAGGGUGGAGAUAAGGGUGGAGAAGGGGCAAGUGAAAAAGAUUCUUCUACAGCUGACAGAGAACAUGACAAGUCAAAAGGCAAAAUGCCUGAGUCUGAGAGCAUCUUCACUAAUAUGGAUUAUGAUAACAUUCCUGAAGAUGUUAAUGAUGAUGAUGCAUUUGAUGCUGCUUAUUAUGAAGCUGAAGAAGAAGGUCGUUUCGAUGAAAGCUACUUAUUCACUGAAGAUGAAUCUGUGGAUCCUGAGCAUUUGAAAAGGGUCAGAAAGUUUAAAGCUGAUCAUGAAGCUAGCAAAGCUAAGCUUCAGGAGUUGCAGAAUUUAGUGGAUGAGAAGAGGAUCAUUGAUAAUUUGAUCAAGGUGGAGAAACAGAAGCUGUGGGAUGCUAAGUGCAAGGAGAAGAGAGAAGAUAUCUCUAGAAAAAUUGGUGAAAGCUGGGAUAUAGCAAGGCAGAUCUUCUCUGGACCUCAAAGGGAACCUUUCGAGGAUGGUAAGUUCAAAUCCUUCGUCUAG